GAGGAGAGAAGAGAGGAAAAGAGGGGAAGGGGAAGGAGGACAGGAGAGGAGAGGAGAAAAGAAAAUUGGAAGAGAAAUUGGAAGAGAAGAGAAAAGAAGAGAAGAGAAGAGAAGAGAAGAGAAGAGGAAGGAGGAGAGGAGAGGAGAAGAGAAGAUAAUGGGAUAAGAAGAGGAGAGAAGAGAGGAAAAGAGGGGAAGGGGAAGGAGGACAGGAGAGGAGAGGAGAAAAGAAAAUUGGAAGAGAAAUUGGAAGAGAAGAAAAGAGAGGAGAGGAGAGGAGAGGAGAAGAGAAGAGAAGAGAGGAGAGGAGAAGAGAAGAGAAGAGAAGAGAAGAGGGCUCUGAGCCAAAUCUCUAAUGCAAAUUCCCAAAACCGGAGUGCGAAGCGGGUGGGGGGGGGGGGUGUGGGUCCCCAGGAGAAGAGCUUCAAAGGGAUUGUGCCAGGCAAGAGAAAAGCAGCUGCCCCAUUUGGAGAACAAAUGGAACAAGUCAAGCGAAGCCAAGGAAGCUGAAGGGCAGGAGGCCGUGUUUGCCUCUUUGUAUAUCUGUGUGUGUGUGUGUGUGUGUGUGAAUGUGUGUGUGUGUGUGUGUUUUUAAUGGGUCCCAGCUAUUCCCGACAAUGCGGUAGGCGUAUGGAAAUAGCGAGGAAUGCGAGCCGAGGAGGAUGCUUCUAAGCUUCUAAGCGUCCCAGGGAGAAGCAGCUCGAGAGGACUCGGAGGACCGAGGCUGCAGACCGUGGGGCUCAGUUCAGCUCGCCCGACAUGCUGUGGGUCUCCACCACGCUCCUGGCCCUUUCCCACCUAAGCUGGGUCCCCUUUGCAGUGGGACGCUCCCUUUCGCUCACACCUGGACCCUCCCAGGAGAUGCUCGGGGACACCAAGGCUAACUGGACCACAGCCGUGCCCCAGUUGGUCUCCCCUUCAGUUUCCACAGCCGGGGCCAGAGAAGAAAAGGGCCCGGGGCCCACAGAGCCCCCCCGAAUCUCGACAACUCUGCCCAGGGCUCAAGAUGAUCGGGAGGUGCCACCGUCCCCCAGCGGUGCCACAAGAGUGAGGGUCUCCACUGAGACCCCGAGAGUCAGCAAAGCUCCGAAAAAGCCUCUCCGGGUCAAAAUAGUCAAGAAAAAGGUUUUGAAGAAGAAGAUCCAAAAGCUGCUAAAGCCGGAAAUGGCCACUCCAGAGGCAUCCGAAUGCCCUCCGCUGGGUCUCGAGUCUCUGAGAGUCCGGGACUCCCAACUGCGAGCUUCCAGUUCCAAGCGGGACGGACUCGGCCCUCACCGUGGGCGCCUCAACAUCCAGUCUGGAAUUCACGACGGCGAUUUGUACGACGGAGGUUGGUGCGCCGGAUACAACGACCAGGACCAGUGGCUGGAAAUUGAUGCCAGGCGCCUGACGCGCUUCACCGUGAUCACCCAAGCGCUGAACUCCAUCUGGACUUACAGCUGGGUGACGUCGUACAAAAUCCAGUUUAGCAACGACACUCAUCGCUGGAGGCCUUCCAAAAAUGGGAGCCAAGAAGUGGUUUUCCCAGCCAACAAGGAACUCGAGACCCCCGUCCUCAAUUUGCUGCCCGAGCCGGUCGUGGCACGCUACAUCCGGAUCAAUCCUCAAACCUGGUUCGAGAACGAGACGAUUUGCCUGAGAGCCGAGAUCCUGGGAUGUGCCCUGCCAGAUCCCAACAACAUUUAUCCGUGGGAACACACUCCUGGCACCAACGAUAAAUUGGAUUUUAGGCAUCACAACUACAAGGAGAUGAGGAAGCUGUUGAAAAAAGUCAGCGACGCUUGUCCGAAUAUCACCAGGAUAUACAGCAUCGGGAAAAGUUACCUGGGCUUGAAAAUGUACGUCAUGGAGAUUUCAGACAACCCCGGGAAGCACGAAGUAGGCGAACCGGAGUUCCGCUACGUGGCCGGCAUGCACGGCAACGAGGCGCUGGGCCGGGAGCUGGUGCUCAACCUGAUGGAGUACCUGUGCCAGGAAUACAAGCAAGGCAACCCUCGUAUCCGGAGGCUGGUCACCGAGACUCGGAUCCACCUGAUGCCCUCCAUGAACCCCGAUGGUUAUGAGACGGCCUACAAGCUGGGCUCGGAGCUGUCCGGCUGGGCGAUGGGCCGAUGGACGUACGAAGGCUUUGAUCUCAACCACAACUUUGCCGACCUCAACACGGAGCUGUGGGACGCCGAGGAUGCCGAGUUGGUGCCCCACAAGUUCCCCAACCACUACAUCCCCAUCCCGGAGUCAUAUACCUUCCCCAACGCCACGGUUGCCCCAGAAACCCGGGCGGUUAUCAGCUGGAUGCAGCGCUACCCCUUCGUCCUGAGCGCCAACCUGCACGGAGGGGAGCUGGUGGUGACCUACCCCUUCGACAUGACCCGCACCUACUGGAAAGCCCAGGAGCUGACCCCCACCGCCGACGACGCCGUCUUCCGAUGGCUGGCCCAUGUCUACGCCACCUCCAACCUGGUGAUGGUGGACGACGAACGGCGGCUGUGCCACUACGAGGACUUCAUGCAGGAGGGAAACAUCAUCAACGGAGCCAACUGGCACACCGUGCCAGGAAGUAUGAACGACUUCAGCUACCUGCACACCAACUGCUUUGAGGUGACGAUCGAGCUCUCCUGCGACAAAUUCCCGCACGAAUCGGAGCUUCCCCAGGAGUGGGAGAACAACAAGGAAUCCCUGUUGCUCUACAUGGAACAGAUCCACCGAGGGAUUAAGGGGAUCGUCCGGGACAAAGACACGGAGCAAGGACUCGCCGAUGCCAUCAUUUCCGUCGACGGCAUCAACCAUGACAUCAGGACAGCUUUCGAUGGGGACUACUGGCGCCUGCUCAAUCCCGGAGAAUACGAGGUGACCGCCACGGCCGAGGGCUACCACCCCGUCACCCGAACCUGCCACGUCACUUACGAGGACAACCCCACCAUCUGCGACUUCCGCCUGACCAAGACCCCCAAGCAGCGUCUGCGAGAGAUCCUGGCCAAAGGCGGGAAGGUGCCCAAGGACCUCGCUUUGCGUCUCCGCCAGCUGCGUCUGCGUCAACUGCAGGCAAACGGACAGGCCCAGUGAGGGCAAGGAAGGGCCGUCAGGCAGCAGCAGCGCCCCGAGGAGAACGUGGCUCUCGGGCCCUUCUUCCGCCUGGGGCCCUUUUGGUUUGGGGAGGCUGCGAGAAUGCCGGCCCUCGGCUCACAAACGAUGAAUGCGCCUCCUGGAACUUUCAAACAAACUGAGAUCUCCUAGCCAGGCAUUUUACGGAGAAAUAUUGUUGAUAGGUUUACAAAUACCUGAACAUUUUUCUUUCCUUCCUCUCCUUUUCCCCUCUCUUUCGUUUCCGUUUACUUCCUCCAUUUCCUUUCCCUCCUUCCUUUCUCUUUCUCCUUCCUUCAUUCCUCCAUUUCCUUCCUUCCUUUCCAUCUUUCCUUUCAUUGUCUUUCUCUUAGCAUUUCCUUCCGCGCUCCCUUUUUCCUUUGUUUCCUUUUCUUUUCCCCCUUUCUUUCUUCCCUUCCUUCCAUCCUCCGCACUUCCUUCCUUCCUCUCCUCCUUCUUCUUCCUUCUCAUCCCCUUCUCCUUCCUUCCUUCUCCCCUCCUUCCUUCCUCUCAUCCCCAUCUCUUUCUUUCCUUUCUACCUUCCUUGCUCCCUCACUCCUUGCUUGCUUGCUUCCUCUCAUCCCCAUCUCCUUUCCUUCCUUCCUUCCCUUUUUUCCUUCCUCUACAUUUCCUCCUGUCCUCUCUCUCGCCUUCAUUUCUUCUCAUCCUCUUUUCCACCCUCCCUCCCUUUCUCCCUCCCUUCUUCCCUCUUUGCUUCCUCUCAUCCCCAUCUCCUUUCCUUCCUUCCUUCCCUUCCUCUACAUUUCCUCUCUCGCCUCCCUUCAUUUCUUCUUCUCAUCCCCUUUUCCUUCCUUCCUCCCUCUCUCCUCCCUUCCUUCCUUCCCUUCCUUCCUUCCUUCCUUCCUUCCUUCCUUCCUCCCUCUCUCCUUCCUUCCUCCCUUCCCUCUGUGUCAAACACAGAGGUCAGUUCCAUCUUAAGACCGACUGCCUAUAAGUCACUCAGAAAACAGGGAUGAAUUUCUAGAGCUGCCUGGGUUCUUCGAAGCAGACACCUAUAUAAUCCUUUUUUCCCCCUUUUCUGUUCUGCCUUAACCUCAGAAUUGAAGGAGCUGCUUGUCACGACUUUAAAGCAGAGAAUGUGCUCCGCUCUUUUCUCUUAUUCCUUCAUCUCUCCCACAGUUGAAUUCCGGACAUAAUAAACUGAAGAUGCAGGAUAUCGUGGCUAAAAGACUACAGGCAGUCCUCGACUUACGAUCACCAUUGACCCCAUACACACACACACACACAUUUCUGUAGCUAAGCGAGACAGUUGUUCAGUGAGUUUCGUCCCAUUUGAGAACCUUUCCUGCUACAAUUGCAAAACGAAUCCCUGCAUUCGUUAAGUGGCUCACGUGGUUGUUAAGUGAAUCCGGCUUCCCAGUUGACUUUGCUCGUCAGAAAGGGGAUCGCGUGACCCCGGGAUACUGCAGCCGUCAUAAAUAUGAGUUGCCAAGUGUCUAGAUUUUGAUCACGUGACCCUGGGGACGCUGCAACGGUCGUAAGUGUGAAAAACGGUCCUAAGUCACUUUUUCCAGUGCCGUUGUAACUUCAAACAGUCACUAAAUGAACCGUUGUAAAUCGAGGACUGCCUGUACACCUUCUACAUCUUAGUCUCCUACCCCACCUCCCCCGUCUCUGUAUUCUACAUGAUUUUCUUAACACCCAAGUACUGGAAUGACGCAAAAUAUCUCACAGCUUUGUGCUGGCAGGCUGGUCCUGGCAGAACAAGUUGUCCUUCUCCGGAUCGGAGGCCACGGGGUGCUUGCGGGCAACGUUUGGGGCGGGCAGGAGAAUCCUGGCUUAUGAGAAUGGUUUCCAUGAAAAUGCGGGCAUUGCCGUGCCCUUGCAAGUCAAGGGGCUUUCGAAGAGUUUUACCAAAUAAAUUCUUUGGAUAUUUAAUCUUCCCA